UAUUACUCGUCGUUCGGUAAGCCGUUAAAGUUCUAUAGCGCUUGUAGGCGCACCACGUUUACAGUUUGUGCAAUCAUAAUGCGGUGCAAACGCUCCGCACAGACUAGAUUGGAGUAGAGCGUAAGUGCUUCGCCGUCGUGAUUUUGCAAUUUUUCCCAAUAGAACACACGGUUUGUGCGGUAGAAGGCGCGUAGCUCGCGUGGCCGUCGGUAGUACAUAUGUAUGUAUAUAAUUUUUUGCGGCAUUAUUGGGUGUCUGUGUAUAUGUGCUUUAAGUAGAUAACGAAUAAAACACAAACAAACAAAAAAAGAAGAAAAUAAGCAAAUCAUCUGUGUCAAGCAGUGUAAAUAAAUAAAAGCGUAAGAAACCACGAAAAAAAAACAAACAAAAAAAUAAAAAGUAAAAAAAAAUUUAAAAAAAUUAAGAAAAAACAGAAUAAUAAAAUCCAAAAAAGCGCAGUGAGAAAAAAAUUGUUCUUGGUUGGCUCAAACUGCCGUCUGCACGUACGCAAACACACACACAUACACACACACACGUCCAUAUGCAAAAGUGUUUGUAUAACAAAUAGCAGAAACAAUAGAAAUAAUAAAUAGUAAAAUAUGUAUGCUGAUAAACAUUUGGAGAAACCAACAGCGCUGAGCGCUGGCACGCCCACAGCAAUGUUGCCCACGCCCAUAGCAGAGAUGCAUGCUCACACACACCCGUUGACACAUCCACAUUUGCAUACAUUGCAUGCACAACACAUGCAGCAUAUGCAAAUGCAACAGCACCUGCAACACCAGCAACAGCAACCACAGACGCACGUCAAUCAGCAGCAUGUUGCGCAACAUUUAACGCAACAUCAGCAUUCGCAAACACAAACAAUGCUGUCUGUGCCACAACAUCAAACACAACAACAGCAACAUCAGCAGCAGCAGCAACAGCAACAUGUGCAUGCACAGCAUGUUAUCAUGCAGCAGCAGCAACAACAACAGCAGCAGCAGCAACAGCAACAGCAGCAACAGCAACAAACGCAAGCACAACAACAAUCAGCAAUGUUUACGAGUUACAGAUUUGACGCCAAUAAAUCUACGAAGGGUGCCUCGAAAUUGCGCCGGGAUUUAAUUAAUGCUGAAAUUGCGAAUUUACGUGACCUAUUGCCGCUGCCUCAGUCGACGCGUCAACGUUUGUCGCAACUUCAACUGAUGGCAUUGGUUUGUGUGUAUGUGCGGAAAGCUAAUUAUUUUCAACAAGUUUUCAAACGACACGACAUUUCAAUACAUCAUGCACCAACACCAAAUAUCGGCUUCUCUAAGGCGCUCUCAGGAUUCCUUAUGAUGCUCACACAGAACGGCAAGUUGCUGUACAUUUCCGACAAUGCAGCUGAAUAUUUGGGGCAUUCGAUGGAAGAUCUCCUCAUACACGGCGAUUCUGUUUACGACAUCAUUGACAAACAAGAUCACGCAACCAUACAAGCUGAGCUUAAUCGUAACGUGCCACCACAGCCGGGCCACAGUCAGCACGCAAGUGCGGCGUCAGCAGCUGCGGCGGCAGCAGCGGCGAUCUCCAGUCUGGAAGGGGAACAUCGUAUGUUUUUGUGUCGCAUGAACGUCAGUCGAAAUGCGAGACGCCAAAUGCGAUUCGGUGAUCAGAAGGUUGUGCUGGUUCAGGGUCAUUAUCUGUCAUACCUGCCGCUUUGCAGUCGCAACGAGCCGGUCUUUUUGGCCACAUGCACUCCCAUUGCCAUGCCGGAGACGCGCGAAUGUGUGGUGCAGGGCGCCACCAAUGUAUUCACCACCAUACAUUCAAUGGAUAUGAAAAUUGCUCAUAUCGACAAAAAUGGAGAAUUUCAUCUGGGUUAUAGCAAAAGUGAUAUUCACGGUCUCUCAUGGUACAAUCUGUUGCAUUCAGAGAACUUACGUGAGGCGCAAAGCAAGCAUAGGCUGAUAACCCAAUCAGAGCAGGACCGCUCCUGCAUUUUAUUGGUGCGAAUGCAACGGAGUCAAAGCGAUUUUAUUUGGGUCCACGUGGUAUUGCAAGUACGCGAUAGUCAAGACACCAACCAACAACCAGUCAUCGUUUGCACAAACCAAGUUCUGAACGAACGUGAAGCGUCGGUUAUGCUCGCCAAUUCUUGGCUCUAUCACUACUAUUCAGUGCAGUCGAAGAUACAGUUCGGGCUCGCCUUUGACGCGCCUACACGAGUGCCACCAACAACACCGACUGCAGCUGCGGCGGCUGCAGUAUACUACCAUCAUCAUCAUCAUCACGCGCAUCAUGCGCAUUUGCAUCAUCACGCGGGCGCCACCACCGCAACGGUACCGCUUCCUGCUACCGCAUCGGCUGGUUAUGCUGCCGCUGCCGGCUUACAUCCGCAUCAAACACAUGCACAUUCCAUGCACCAUCCGCAACACCAGCACUUACAUACGCAUCCACACACGCACCCACACCAACAUGUUCAUCCGCAUUCACAAUACCAUCAUAUGACGGCAUACGGUACGUAUCACACGCCAACAGGUGCGACGAGUGGUGGUAGCACGAGUGUGGGGAGUGGCAGUUGUGGUAGUGCGGAAAGUUCACCUGCACCGCAUCUGAGUGGCGCCCAGUCCCAGCAGCAGUUAACGCAUCAUUUGCUCAGCAACGGCGGUGUGGGGUUGACGACGCACACGGCGUCCAUCAAUGGUGCGUCAGUCGGUCCGUACAUUUGCCAACAACGUAUCGGUUUGGAACCAGUCGAUUAUAGUCAAGUGCCCGGCGGUAGUGCCGCAUCAUCGAUUGGAUUUAAUGGUGCGCGUUCACCUGCUAACGGUCAGUCGGAUGGACAAAUGCGGUGCAGCAGCACGAAUAGUUCCGUUUCCAGUCUCACAGCAACGCCGCAUUACGUCACGCAUAACAACAACACCAGCGGCAAAAACAAGACAAGCAGCAACAGCAACACUAACAACAGCAACACCAAUAGCAAUCACAAUAAUAUACAUAGUCACAGUCACAGCGCCAGCACCAACAUCAAUACCAAUGGAAGUAUGAAUUCAACGCAACAUCAGCGGCUCAGCUCACCACCCACGAAACGCCGUGCAAUCGGCAAACUGGAACCUCUCUACCUACCAGACGAUACCAGGGACGAUACACCCACAACGGUGAACGAAAUUGACACCCCUUACCACCUACAGUCACAUUCGGUCAUCUCUACAUCAGCCGAAUCGCAUGCUUCGGUAAUAUUCGCCACCGUUGUGCCUACACGUCCGCGACUCAUACAAAAGUCACUACCCAACGAACCGCCCGACUUCAUCGACCAGUGGAAUCCCAGUCCGCCGUGGUCGGAGUCAGCACAGAAACUCUCUUUGGACAGCACAUCCUCCACGCAACAAGAACUCAGUCCGUGCAUUACAACCACACCGCCAACACCGACAAGCGCGCCACCCAAUAGUUCGCUGAGUGCAAAUUACGGUGGCUUGCAAACGCUUGGUCCCGCCUUUUCUUUCGAAUGGAUGUCCGAUCCGCUGGUGCCUGUUGCAGAACCCUACGUUUCAUGUAUAACACCACCAGAUGGUGUGCCCAUUGUAGUCGCUCAUCCUCAUACUCAUCCAACGGCGCAACAUACAUUGCAUUGGUCGACGAGCACCACAUCAUCGGAACACCAUCAGCAUUUAAGUCAACAUCUGGCAUCACGCGGUCAUCGACUACUUAGUCUAUCAACUGGUGGUGUGGCUGAUACGACGCAGCAGGUGGCCGCCUCGGCAACGGGUAAUGUGGGGAAGAGUGCGAGAACGAAAUCACCAGAAGUCGCCGAGCGUAAAGAAUCGCCACGCAAAUAAUUCAGCGACCGAAAGUGAUAUUCUAGCGCUCAUGAUGUAGACUUAAAAACCGUUAAAAUAAUAAUAAGCCAAGCAAAGCUUUAUGCAUAUAUAAUAUAUGCAUAUACAUAUAUAGCAUUUAAAUAAAAAUGUAUUUUUAAUUUACUAUUAAUCGCCAGAUUAAUAUAGAAUUUAUUAUUAGAAUGCAAAACUACAACAAAUAUUUUUUUUUUAUAAAACUCAAAAGCAUUAUGAUAAAGCGAAAUAUCUAACUAUUUAUAUAUGUAUAUAUAUGUGUAUAUAUUUACAAACAUAAAGAAGAACUAAUUUAGAUUGUGAAAAGUCACACCUCAAACAAUAAUGGCGCUACUAAAUAUUAAUUAAUAAAUUUUAAGAGUGUUUGCAAUAACUGUAAAUAAGUAUAAUACAUACGUAUGUACUCGUGAACAUAGAUGUAAUUAUUAAAAGUGCAAAUAAAUUUUUAUUGCCAAUUAUUUCCUUCUAAUGGGAAUUCGCUACGUCAAUGGCGCGGGUGUAACAGUGAAUAUGUGUUAAAAAUUCCCAAACAUACAUACACACACACACACCUACUAUAAAAUAAUUUUAUACUGUUGUACUUGCGUGUGUAUGUAUGCGCGAACUGGCUGUCUGCUGAGUUGAGUGUAAAUAAACUUGAAAUUAGCAAACUUCGCAAAAGUUCAAAGUUGUUGCGAUGGGCAAUUUUUAAAAACUUUUUUACUUAUUUAAUUUUUUAAAUUUUUUUUUUUAUUUCUUAAGUUUCUUAUUUUAUUUUAUUUUUACACAUGCAAAUAACAGAGCCGCAGCUGAUUUCAUCGCAAGCCAUUUAAAUGAAACUAAUUUAUUUUUUAAUUUCUCUACUUUUAAUUUAUUUUUAU